AAUCCUAGCCGCCUAUCUUCCCGCAGGCGAUAUAGACAAAAAGUGAUCCUCACUCAAAACUCAAAAGCCUCAAACUAUAGUGCAGGCAGGCAGGGUUUUUGCUUGGGAUAAAUUCAGGCUUCCAGUUUUGUGUGAAUCCAUGGCAAGCAUGGCAACAGCAACCUUCACCUCCACUCUUUCAUCCAAGCCUAGAACAAGUCUCUUUGGGAAUUCCCGAUCAUCCUUCCAUGGACUACCUGUAUCUUCAUCUCCUCAUCUUCAGCCAAUUAAAUCAACCCCGCAAAAUUCCUCCUCUAUCUCCAUGUCUGCCUCGGCUACUCCCCCCUAUGAUCUCCAAUCUUUUACGUUUGAUCCCAUCAAAGAAUCCAUCGUUUCUCGUGAGAUGACUCGCAGGUACAUGAUGGACAUGAUCACCUAUGCUGACACUGAUGUUGUCAUUGUUGGUGCUGGAUCUGCUGGACUUUCUUGCGCUUAUGAACUCAGCAAGAAUCCUUCUGUCCAGGUGGCUAUAAUUGAGCAAUCCGUGAGCCCUGGUGGUGGUGCAUGGCUAGGCGGACAACUCUUUUCAGCUAUGGUUGUCCGGAAGCCGGCACAUCUUUUCCUUGAUGAGCUUGGUGUUGACUACGAUGAACAAGACAAUUACGUUGUGAUCAAACAUGCAGCUUUGUUCACUUCAACCAUCAUGAGCAAACUUUUGGCUAGGCCAAAUGUGAAGCUCUUCAAUGCUGUUGCAGCAGAGGACUUGAUAGUGAAGGGGAGUAGAGUUGGGGGUGUGGUUACCAAUUGGGCUCUGGUUUCCAUGAACCAUGACACACAGUCUUGUAUGGAUCCUAAUGUUGUGGAGGCUAAGGUUGUGGUGAGUUCUUGUGGGCAUGAUGGCCCUUUUGGUGCUACUGGUGUUAAGAGGCUCAAGAGUAUUGGCAUGAUUGAAAAUGUCCCUGGCAUGAAAGCGUUGGACAUGAAUGCAGCUGAGGAUGCAAUUGUGAGGCUCACAAGAGAAAUUGUGCCCGGGAUGAUUGUCACUGGUAUGGAAGUUGCUGAGAUUGAUGGAGCACCAAGAAUGGGGCCAACAUUCGGAGCCAUGAUGAUAUCAGGGCAGAAGGCGGCUCAUCUUGCAUUGAGGUCCCUGGGAUUGCCUAACGCAUUAGAUGGAACAUAUGCGGGAAGUAUUCACCCUGAGCUAAUCCUUGCUGCUGCUGAUGCUUCGGAGACCGUGGACGCCUGAGUGUAGAACACUAGAGAACUAAAGAUGUAUGAAUGAAAACAAGAGGUAGUAAUGUAUAUAAAUAAGAGCGAUGGGUUUGUAGAUUUGCAACUUACAAACGAAUGAAUAAUUUUCUGGGACUAUAGACGUGAUGAUUAUCAAUGUAGCUGAAAGUUGUGUGUGAAAAAGUGGUCUUGGAGUUUCGCAGUUCU